AUGGUGGAGGGAGUGCAAAGAAAGGCAACAAAGCAGAUAACUGGAAUAUCAGAUCUUACCUAUUCUGAGAGACUGAAGAAACUCAAACUACCAACACUCAGAUAUAGAAGAUACAGAGGAGAUAUGAUAGAGAUAUAUAAAAAUACGAGUGGAAAAUAUGACACAAAAGCAGCCAACUUUGUAAAAUUUAGGAGAGAUCAUGUAGGGAGAGAACCUGCAAGUGUGAAUUCCAAGCAGCUAUUAAUCCAGAGAGCCAGAUUAGAUAUCAGAAAAUAUAACUUCACCCCGAGAGCUGCUAAGAUCUGGAACAGUCUACCAGAGGAUGUUAUAAGUGCGAAGGCUACUAAUUCUUUCAGGCCACGUUUGGAUAAACACUGGGAAAAUCAAGACAUUUUAUAUGACUAUAAUGCUACAAUAUCCUGA